UCAUUCAACGAAGAAGAAGCAAAGGGCGGCCUUCACCGACAGCAGUAGCCAAGUUCUUUUUAGCUAAAACGAAAAAAUAAUUUCUCCUCCCCCUACUAUAUACAGACUUAAGGGUUGUUUGGAAUUAAGACCCAUUCAUGUGCAGCCGAAGGAAAGGGUAUUGAACUACGCAGAUAUGUCCGGGGCCUUUCGGGACAGAAGAAGUCGCUGGCAAGAGAUUCAGAAAGGCCUUCAGUUUAUUCAAUCAACUCUUCCAUUUCCUGGAAGCCAAGAGCAGUAUGAGGUGUUUAUAAAGGACCUCGUGUGGAAUCUGUUUGGAGAAGGGAAUGACGUUUUUAGAGAAGGGGACUGGACUAAAUCUAUUGAGAUGUACACAGAAGCACUGAGCAUAGCAGAGUACGCCGACUCAGAAGAAAUCUGUAUUCCAACAAGUUUACUGGAAAAACUGUAUGCAAACCGGGCUGCUGCGUACCUCAAUAUUGUUCCGGGACUGUUUGACCAAGCACUAGAAGACUGUGAAAAGGCUCUCCAGUUAAACGAGGGAAACUACAAAGCACUGUACAGAAAAGCAAAAGCCUUGAAAGAGAUGGGGAGACAUCAAGAGGCCUAUGAGGCUGUUGCCAAAUGUUCUCUUGCAGUGCCUCAGGAUUCCAAUGUCACACAGCUGACUCAGGACCUUGCCAAAAUUUUGGGGUUAAAAAUCCGUAAAGCUUAUGUAAGAAGUAAGCCUGCCUUGAAUGUUUUGCGUGGAUCAAGUUAUCAAGAUGCAUCUUGUGACAAAUUUUCUCAUGGUUCACCUUCAGUCGAAGAUAUAGAAAUUGAAGUGCCUCCGUUUACCCAGGAUAGCAGUGUUUUGGUCCCUGCUUCCGCUCCAGUCCAACCCCCAGUAGCAGUACACCCUCCUCUAAAUGAAUCAGUGGUUGAUGAUCUUUCUCCUAGCAACAGUGUCGUAUCUGAGCCGCCUGGUUUCGAGUCUGUCCCCCCGCCUGUAUCUGCGUCCACGUCAGUUCCUCUUUCUGUUCACAAGUUUGUAAACGGCUGUCGAACCAGCAAGCCUCAUCCAGCUCUCGAACCUGAUCAGGAUUUUGAUGCAGACAUCAUCGGGGAUGACCUGGAUGAUCUUCUGGACCAAGCUGGUUCUGAAUCAGGCAUGAUUAUUCCCACUGUAAAGGGGCCCCUUCCUUUACCAACCAGUAUUUCCUCGAGUAGUUCUAUAUCAAGCCCAUUCAUGAUGCCUACCCGUGAACCCGUGAACCCGUUUCUGCACCUCAGUAGCCAGCAGUGCACUGUAACUCUGCCUCCUCUGUAUAACAAGUCAGGGUCAAGCACAUAUUUUGGUAUGGACACUUUUGACUCUCUGGCAUCACCACUGGACUCUCUUGAUAGUCUCUCUAUAGCAGACUACAAAUCAGAUUAUGUUCCCAGUUCCUUCAUGCCACAGCUCAAUAAUAACACACCAAUGGGGAUGGCAGUGGGUAUGCCUGAAGUGAAGGACCUACCUGCAGCUGUGGAUUUAGCAAAGAACCCUUUAGCUGAAACACAUGAAUUCAAGCAAGCCUGCUGUGUAUGCUACGUCAGAACAGGUCCUGGAGUGUUGGAUUACGCGCUUCAUACUGAAGACCAUAAAUGCAAAAAGGAUGUAUUACUUGGCAGAAUCAAGCAUUCAUCUGACAAAAUGUGGAAGCACAUUCGACCCCGACCAACUAAAACUCAAUAUGUUGGACCUUAUUACAUUUGCAAAGAGGUGGCUGUUGGAAAAGAGUGCCUAUACCCCGGCCACUGCACAUUUGCAUACUGUCAGGAGGAAAUUGAUGUUUGGACUCUGGAGCGGAAAGGAUUUAUCUCCAGAGAGCUGCUCUUUGAUCCUUUUGGACCAAACUCUAACAUCAGACUGACUGUCCCCAAGAUCUUACAGGAACAUCGUGGGACAUUCAUGUUCCUCUGUGGGGUGUGCUUUGACCACAAGCCAAGAAUAAUCAGCAAAACCAACAAAGAUGACCCUUCACUUUGUUCUCAUCCCGUCACAAAGCAUCACUUUGAAGAUCAUAAGUGCCUAGUCCACAUUUUGAAGGAGAACUCGGUUCGCUAUUCCAAAAUCAGACCUUUGAGUCCUCAGUGCCAGCUGGAUCUUUGUCGACACGAAGUCCGCUACGGCUGCGUGAGAGAAGACGAGUGUUUCUACGCCCACAGCCUCAUCGAGUUAAAAGUGUGGAUGAUGCAGCACGAGCUCGGUAUCUCUCAUGAAAGUAUUGUUCAAGAGGCAAAAAAGUAUUGGACUGCAACAGAUUCAUUGCAAGGAGCUCAGUUUUCUACCGUUCAGAGGCGGUUUGGUCCUCCUAAUCUAAAGAUGAUGUUUGUUUGUGGCCAGUGUUGGAGGAACGGCCAACUAUGUGAAGCUGAUAAAAAUAAAAAGUAUUGCACAGCCAAGGCAAGACACACGUGGGCAAAAGACAGACGAGUUGUGCUUGUAAGUUCCCAUGAAAGGAAAAAGUGGACAACAGUAAGACCACUUCCAACCAAAAAACCCAUCCCAUCUCAGUUUGAGAUUUGCAUGCAUGUGACAGCUGGCAAGAAGUGUCAAUACAUUGGGAAUUGCACAUUUGCUCACAGUGUAGAAGAGAGAGACCUGUGGACCUACAUGAAGGAAAGCAACAUUCCAGAUAUGGAUCAACUUUAUGAACAGUGGCUGCUGUCUCAGAAGCCUGGGUGGGGUGAGGAGAUGACCAAUAAUUCAUUCAGAGAGAACGGCAAACAGAUUCACAUGCCAACAGACUACGCUGAGGAAGUGGCUGGCAAUCAUUGUUGGCUGUGUGGUAAAAACUGCAACAGUGAGAAGCAGUGGCAGCAGCACAUCACUUCAGAGAAACACAAGGAGAGAGUUUUCAACUCCGAGGACGAUCAGAACUGCUGGCAGUACAGAUUUCCCACCGGCACUUUCAAAGUUUGUGAGAGAUUCCUCAAAGGCACGUGCACAGAGGAUGACUUGUGUAAACUGGCUCACGGGGAGCAGGAGCUGAAAGAAUGGAGGGAGCGCAGAGAAUUCCUUUUGAUGAAACUUGCCAAAGCCACAAAAGACCAUCUUAUAGCACCAAAUGACAAUGACUUUGGAAAAUACAGUUUUCUGCUUAAAGACAUUAAAUAAUGACGUGAUGAGAAUAAUAUUCAUGCCCCUUUGCAAAUAAUGCAGUAUUCAAACAGUCCUGGGUCAGGUUCUUUUUGAGGGCCUCUGCUGAGCACAGGAUGUAAUCUGACCACAGCAUGAUUUUAAAACGAAGGGCGAUCAGGACCGUCCCUCUGAUUGGUGGCUGGUUUUCUCUGAUCUCACCUGCAGUGUUCUCAUCAUCAGUAACAAAGAUUCAGAGACACCUGAAGUUUUGCUGCGCAUCGUUCUGCAGAACCCCUGAAAACCAUCUCAAAACAGCAUGUUUAACUUUGAUUAGACAUGUUCAGAUUACUAGUUAACCUAAAAAAAGAAGUUUUUUUUUUU